AUGAUCUGCAGAGGCAGCUUCCUCCUCUCCGCUCUCCUUCUCUGCUGCGGAGGAGAUGCCCAAGAGUGCACUUGCCGUAAGGGUUGGUCAAAAUAUGGGAGCCACUGCUUUUACAUUGUCCAAGCUGAAAGAUCCUGGGCUGAAGCUGAGAGUAACUGUAUGAAGUUGGGAGGGCACCUGGCCUCGGUACACAGCCAAUAUGAGUCCUCUUUCAUUGAGAAUCUGAUCAACAAAAACAUUUUCAAGCCCUGGGAUACAUGGAUUGGAGGAACCGACGCUCCUAAGGAGGGUGUGUGGUUUUGGAGUGAUGGGACCAAGUUUGACUUCAGUCACUGGUAUGCUGGUGAGCCUAACAAUCUUGGUGGCCAGCAUUGUUUACAUAUGCAUAAAGGGAAGUGGGAUGAUUACGGUUGUCAGCACAGUCAUCCAUCAGUCUGUUCAUCAGUGUGUUCCACGAAAGUGUCGUUUCCACAGUGUAUGAGGACUUGCCCGGUGGGAUGGUCAGAGUUUGGGAGCCGCUGCUUUCAGUUUGUUUAUACUGGAAGAGCUUGGGACGAAUCUGAGCGCAACUGUAUGGCCAUGGGAGGUCACCUGGCCUCGGUACACAGCAGAGAUGAAUUGCUAUUCAUCAAGAAUCUGAUCCAAAGAGUCUCUUCUAAUGUACAAAGGACGUGGAUCGGAGGGACCGAUGCUGCUCAGGAGGGUGUGUGGUUUUGGAGUGAUGGGUCUAGGUUUGACUAUACUCACUGGAAAACUGGUGAACCUAACAAUCGUGGUGGAGCUGAGAAUUGUAUACAUCUCAAUGGAGAAUAUUGGAAUGAUAUCUCCUGUGAGUAUUCGUAUUCAUCAGUGUGUUCCAUGGGCUGAGGAGGUGCUGAGACAUGCUUCCAUUUCAAGAUUAAAAGCAAGCUCCCACUGACCUAAACAGUAACUAUGUUAUUCAAGUGCAUGAAUAUAAAGUAAUUGAAAGCAGAAUUAUUGCUUACUUUAUUUUCAAUGCAAUGCAUGUGAUGUAAUGUUAAAACAAAAAAAUAAUACAAUUAAAA